AAAAUAUCAUAUUAAACAUUAGGCUGAUCAAUAAUGUAAUUUCUUCAAUUAUAAUAAAUGAUAUUAUCCUUAUUGUUUACUUUAGUAAAUUGGAACUUUCUUGAUACGAUUUGUAAAUAUUAUUUUAGUUAGUCAAUUGUGUUGUAACAUCAUUACAGAAAGACCAGUCCUUAAUGAACUUCCAAACAAAUAAGAUGGAAUCGAGCGAAAUGUUUAACUGUGUAGUCAGAGUAAAAAGUGAACCUAUUGAUGCGUCAUAUGCUGAGAAUGAGUAUAAUAGUAUUGACGAGACCCUCGAUGAUAAAAACUUUGAAUUUUCCAGAUGUCCACAAGAAUACCCAAUUCACGCGCUUCGGAAAUCUGACGAAAGUCACGAAGGUGAACUUGACGAGUUGGCGAUCGAGUUGGAAUGUAAAGAACAGAAGCCCAAAUUUGAUUUACUAGCGGUUACGAAGAUUGAAAAUUCGUUUCAAAAUCACUCGCAGCAUAUGGAAGAUGGAAAUGGUCAUCGAGUUCGAGGUGAAAUCAAAAUAGAAAAUUUGGGAGCAAUGAAAAAGGAAUCAUUCGUGGAAGACGCAAGCCAAUUGAAUGUUGAAUUAGACCGUGGACUCGGUGAGCCAAAUGAAACAAGCCGUGUUACAAACAAGUUGAGCUAUAAACGUAGCCUAAAAAUGCGCAUCGGAACGGCGCACAAUGGUGUCAUCCACACUCGUGAUCUUUGUAAAAAGACUUGCGGAACUGAGAGUCAUCUCCAAAAACACAUUGUUGCGGUACAGAAUAAGAUCCCUCACGCAUGUAGUAUUUGCGGAAACAAAUUCGCACGAAAGAGUACUCUGAAAAAUCAUAUUGACGUAGUGCAUAAUGGAGUCAGAUAUGCAUGUGAUAUUUGCGGAAAGAAAUAUUCUCAAAAGAUUCAUCUAAGAGAACACAUCGAUUCUGCGCAUCAUAAAAUCGUACAUGAAUGUGAUCGUUGUGGAAAGAAAUUUUCAAUCAAGAAUAAUCUAAAAAGACACGUCGAUACCGCGCACAAUGGCCUUAGAUACGCAUGUGAUAUUUGCGAAAAGAAAUACUCACAGAAGGGUGAUCUCAAGAGACACAUGGAUGUGGCGCACAAUGGUGUUAGAUAUGAAUGUAAUAGUUGCACAAAGAAAUACUUGCAUAAGAGUGUUCUCAAGAGACACAUGGAUGUGGCGCACAAUGGUGUUAGACAUGUAUGUGAUAUUUGCGAAAAGACCUACACAACUAAGAGUAUUCUCCAAAAUCACAUUGAUGUGGCGCACAAUGGUGUUAGACAUGCAUGUGAUAUUUGCGAAAAGAGUUUCUCAGAUAAGAGUUAUCUCAAGAAACACAUCGAUGUGGCGCACAAUGGUGUCGCUCAUACUUGUGAUCUUUGUGGGAAGAAAUUUUCAGAGAAAUGUAGUCUUAAAAACCACAUCGAGUCGCUACAUAAUGGUAUGACACAUGCAUGUAAUACAUGCCAAAAGACAUUCUCAGACAAAAGUAAUCUCAAGAAUCACAUCGAUUCUGUGCACAAGCGAGUCAGACAUGCAUGUGAUACAUGCCAAAAGAUAUUCUCAGACAAAAGUAAUCUCAAGAAGCACAUCGAUGCUGUGCACAGGCGAGUCAGACAUGCAUGUGAUCUUUGUGGGAAGACAUUUUCACUCAAGAGUAAUCUCAAGAGGCACAUCGAAAUGGUGCAUCGCAUGUGACGCAUUAUGACUCAAUAACUAAAAAAUUUACGCUCAAUUUUAUUAAAAAAAAAAAA